CAGACAGUUUGGUAUGUCCCCAACCAGGCGCCUUGCAAAUUGUUAUGAGUGAAGAUUGUCUGAAGCUGAAUGUGUUCACAAAGAAUGUAACCGCACGUUUGCCCGUCAUGGUUUACAUUCAUGGAGGUGCCAAUGUUUUGGGUAGUGGUCAUAGCUUAUACGAAGCGGGACCACAAUAUUUACUUGAUCAUGAUGUGGUCUUGGUGGCAUUUAAUUAUCGCUUGGGGGCUUUGGGUUUCCUAAGUACUCGCACCCUGGAAUAUCCUGGAAAUUAUGGUUAUCUAGAUCAGGUAUUGGCUCUGCAAUGGGUUCGCGAUCAUAUUGCUAAUUUUGGUGGUGAUCCUCAAUCGGUAACAAUAUUUGGUAUGAGUGCUGGUUCCAUGGCUGUGUCACUGCACAUGGCAUCACCUUUGUCGAAGGGCCUCUUUCACAGGGCCAUACUUAUGAGUGGUUCGGCAACAAAUCACUAUGAUAUCGAUAAUCUUUAUUGGACAAGGAAAUUGGCUAGAGAAGUGUCGUGUCCUCAAUACGAUCCCGUGGAUAUGGUGGAAUGUCUAAGAGAAAUUAGCUGGAAAACCAUUGUAAAUAAAUGUGCCGAAUGGGAACCCUACUCGUUUGUCAAUAUGAAAUGGAAUUAUGAAGUGGAUGGUCACUUUUUGCCACAGCAUCCAAGCCAAAUUUUUGCAGAGGGUAAAUUUAAUAAGGUGCCAAUGAUUGUGGGUUUUGCUCGCAACGAAUUGGAUUUUUCGGUGCAGGUUCAUGAGAACAAUACCCGCUUAUUGCAUGAUCUGCUUGUUAGUUUUGAUCUUUAUGCUCCCGAAAUAUUCCUCUACAAACCGGAAUCUUCAGAUGUACCUCCGGAGCAAUUGAAAAGUCGCCGAAUAUGGAAUUUCUAUAUGAGCCCCGAAGCCACGGAAAUUAAUUCAACAAAUCUUUUCAUUUUUGGCCAAAUAUUUUCGGAUGCCAUACUGGGGCAUGGCAUUCAUCGUCUGGUAACUCUCUCCCAUAACGAUACCCCUGUUUAUUAUUAUCGUACAGAUUAUAUUGGUGGUAGAAGUUUAUAUCCCGACCAUCUUGGACUAUCACAGGGUGUUGGUCAUGCCGAUGAUUUACAAUAUGUUAUGCCAGGCCUAUGGUAUGGUACACAAAUGGCCAAAGAUGAUGUCGAUAUUUUUAUGGUAAAACGAUUGACACAAUUAUGGACCACAUUUGCCACUACUGGCAAACCCAUUGCCGAUGAUGUCGAGGAAUGGUCACCAGUUGGUGCCACAAAUUCACCAAUACUUUAUAAUGGCAAAACUGCGAAAAUGGGUAAAUGGCCAUAUACCGAAUACUAUCAACUAUGGGAUGAUAUGUUUCCAAUUGAAAUGAAAAAUGCCAGUGGUCGGCAGUUGCCCAUU